CCUGCAGAGCAGCCCAAGUACAAAUUGGGGAGCCUGCCUCAGAGGAGCAGCUUUUGCCAUCCCUGUGGACUGGGCUGGAGCGCGUGGCGCUGGUUCUGUCUCUGUGGGCUGCUGUGGGGCGUUACUCGCCAACAUGACGGACCAGCAGGCGGAAGCCCGCUCCUUCCUCACUGAGGAAAUGAUUGCAGAGUUCAAAGCUGCCUUCGACAUGUUUGACGCUGAUGGCGGUGGUGACAUCAGCACCAAGGAGCUGGGCACCGUCAUGAGGAUGCUGGGCCAGACGCCCACCAAAGAGGAGUUGGACGCCAUCAUAGAGGAGGUGGAUGAGGACGGCAGCGGCACCAUCGACUUUGAGGAGUUCUUGGUCAUGAUGGUGCGCCAGAUGAAAGAGGACGCCAAGGGCAAGACGGAGGAGGAGCUGGCCGAGUGCUUCCGCAUCUUCGACAGGAACGCAGAUGGCUACCUGGACGCCGAGGAGCUGGUGGAGAUCUUCCAGGCGUCUGGCGAGUCCGUCACCGAGGAGGAGAUCCAGGAACUCAUGAGGGACGGGGACAAAAACAACGAUGGCCGGAUUGACUUUGACGAGUUCCUGAAGAUGAUGGAGGGGGUGCAGUAAAGCCCCUGGACAUUCCUGCAGGAGGCAGGCUGGGCCUCUCUUGCCACCUUGCUUCGCUGACAAGAUUCCCUGCUUCGUUUCCAGUUUGCUCCGGACUGGAGGCUCCAUUUCAGCUCUUACAAGGACUCCCUCUGCCUCAAAUCUAUUUAUAAACACCGAUACUUCAAUAAAGAGCAAUGGACUGGAAAUGA